AUGUCACAUCAACAGUUUCGUGCUCCCACACCGGAAUCUUCAACUGUGCAAGCCGAUCUGGCUGAGUUCCAUGGAGAUCUCCCCACCGGGUUCGGACAGCUCCUCUGGCACAUGUUCCUUGCCACCGCCACAAAGUAUCCAAGCAGAGAUGCUAUUGUGGCUAUAGCUGAAGACACCGAAGCCCCUUCUUCUGUCUCUGGGGUCUCCUCCCAGCGUUGGAGCUACCAGCAGCUCUUAUCAAAGGUCGAUGCCAUGUCUCACCACCUUGGCCAUCUCGACUGCGGCGGUGCAGGCAACACGCUGGCUGUUGUCACCAGAAACAUUGCGGAAUGGGGACUGUUUUUCUGGGUCGCAGCAAAACUGGGCAUGGUAUUUGCUCCAUUAGAUCCAAUGGCCGCCAAGAAUGAGCUCGGCUCUUUGCUGUCUACCUCGGCUCCCCAGGUAGUUUUUGUUGAAGACGAGCAGGUGGCUCAGUUAGUAGAGGACUGGACCGUUCUGGACAACAGCUCUGUCAAAGCCAAGAUUAUUCUUUCCGAUACUACCACUACCAAAAUUGGCUGGCUUUCACUUGCACAGCUUGAAAAAGAUGCGCACAAAAUAUGCCAAAUGGGCUGCCAGUUUGACGGCCUGCGAGCAGGUGGUACAGGCAGCAGUGCACUCAUCAUCUUCACGAGCGGCACGACAGGAACACCAAAAGCUUGUGUGCACACCCACGACAAUCUGAUAUCCCAGACUCACGAUUAUGAUCCCAAUCCAGAUCCCGAGUUUGUAGAUCGGUGGCUCAUUCAUACCCCGGUCCACCACAUAUUUGCCAUCAACAAUGCCUUGCGUGCAUGGCGCAUGGGCGGCGCCGUCAUACUGCCCUCGCCCACGUUCAGCGUCCGAGCCAGUCUUCGUUGCGUUGUACAGGAGCAGUGCACCAUCAUGUCAGCCACUCCGACUCUGAUCAGGGCCAUGCUUGCAGAAAGCAGCUGCCCAGACGUCAGCCAGUUCAAACUCUCCAUCAUAACGCUGGCGAGCACAAUGAUAUCUGCAGAGGAUAUUCAGCUUUGCAAACAAUCGCUCGGCUCUCGCCACGCCAUCCAAGCAUAUGGAAUGAGCGAAACCGGUCCGCUUGUGAGCUGGCGCAGGGAUGAUCCUUUGCUAGUCGAAGGCUUCCACGCUGGUGUUGGUAAAGUUGUUCCUGGGGCCUCCAUCCGCAUCUGCCGGCCAGGGUCCCGAGACAUUUUAUCCCUCGGUGAUGUAGGAGAGCUCCAUGUUUCUGGUUCUUCCGUAAUUCAUGGCUACCUGAACCCGGAAACCAACAGCAGUUUCUACGAGGAGGGUGGACGCCACUGGCUCGUCACAGGUGACCAAGCUCGGGUAGAUGAGGAUGGAGUCGUAUACAUCCUUGGUCGCUACAAGGACUUGAUCAUUCGCGGCGGCGAAAACAUUGACCCUGCGACGAUUGAAAGGGCCAUUUUAAGCUUGUCAAAUGUUCAGGUCCAAGUUGUUGGUCAGUCGGACCAGAUUGCGGGUGAAGUUCCUGUUGCUGUAGUCAAACGGCCUGACGACAUUUCCAACAGCGCAAUAUUUGAGAAGGCUCGCAGUCUUGGCUCCAAGUACACACUCGGUGCCAUUUACGACCUCUCACAGCUUGGUCUAGACGAGAUGCCUGUCACAUCACUCCAAAAACCGCGACGACAGCUGCUCAAGUCUGCCCUCGCCAAGUUCAUAAAAGCUGGAGAAGAGCAGGGACUGCCCCAACUGCAACUUCAAGACACUACUCGCGAGCAAGACAUAUUGGCCGAAAAGCUUGCCACAGUGUGGGAGGACCUUUGUGGCCUAAGGCCGCAGCUGCGACAGAGUGUGCAUACCUUUGCCGACAGCAUAUUGCUUUUGCAAUACUGUGAUCGGGUAUUCAGGCUUGUUCAGGUUCCGCUCUACAUUCAAGACUUGUUCGAGAGCAAGGACAUCUACGCGCAAGCCGGUCUGCUUCUCCAGCGUCGUUCUGGUACCAUCCCAGCGUCCGACUGGGGCCUCGGGGUGCCUGACGGCGGCCAUGAUGCUCCUGAAAUAAAAGUCUCCGUCAACGUCUAUUGUCACGAAGAGCCUUGCUUUAUACCUACUUCUGUGCUUCCUGUCGGUGCUAUGCCAGAGUCGGUCAUACCGCUACGAGCCAGUCAGUAUCGUCUGGUGGAGGGCCAGCGUCCUCAAUCCUAUCAUAUCCGCUUGAUAUAUCGCAUCCCGCAGCUGUCUGGUGCACGAAUACUCGAGGCACUGCAGAUACUAGUAUCCAAGACAGUAUUGCUCCGGUCUAUCUUGACCAAGUCGAAAGCCACCGGCGAAUGGCAGCAUCUCCUAUGUGGUGAAAGCCUGGUCAAUGAUGUGAUACACGAGAGCGAGACUGCAACGGAAAAAGAAGGCAAGAUCCUGCUCACUCAGGAGUCUUCAUCCUCCCUACAGCUUCCGUAUGCCUUCUGUGCCAAUGUGAUCAAGUGCUUCGAUACCAAGAACCACUUUCUCGUCCUGUUCUUCAAUCACGCAAUCGUCGACGCCAUGUCGCUCUGGUCGAUCCUGCGCAACCUCGACGCCCUCUUGCACGACCAGACCACAACGCUGCCCAAGCCCGUCCCGUACAGCAUCUGGGCCGACUUGUGGCAGCAAAACCGCCGCAAUCACCUGUCCUGCCGCGCCGUCGCCUACCUCGCCGCCAGACUCCGCGGCAUCUCCCGCUUCCCAAGCGCUCUGUGGCCGCCGCAGCGCGCGCCCGGGUGGAUGAUUGCCGACGACAGUGACUCGUCGUCGUCGUCGCAGCUCGCAGCCCGCAACGCCGCCAGAGAGUCGGUGUGGAACGGGACUUGGGCCUCUCUCGCGGACGGGCUACGCUUCCCGCGACGCGGCCGCAUCGUGCGGCUGCCGCAGCUACCCGCGCUGCACGCCGCGCACGGCAUCACGGCGGACGUGCUCGCGCGGUGCGCCCUCAUCCUGCUCAACGUCCGACAGACACGCGCUCCCUACGCGGUGUUUAGCAGCUGGGAGGCGGCGCGCUCCUGGCCAUUUGUGCCAGGCUGGAUGCAGGCGCAUCUGCCACCCGCCAUGGCCGUCGACGGCCCCACGACCCAGUGGCGUCUCAACAUGUACAGCGUGGCAGGGGACGAGACGGCGCUGGGGUUCCUCAAGAGGAUCCAGGCGGAGGAGGCUGCGCUCGCAGAGCACAGCCAUGCACCGUGGGACGACGUCAAGGCUGCGCUGAGCGAGGAGGCCGCUGUCGCGGAAGACGCCUCGUUCCGGCAGGGCUUCGUCUGGGACGUGACACUGGGCAUGUCGGCGCAAGACAGGCGUCACUCAAUCUACAAGAUUUUGGAGCCCAUCAGUCGUCACGACUGGCCAGACUGUGGGUUAUUCUGGAACGCAUUCAUGUUCGACAAGGAGAAUAUGUACUUUGUCGCAUCGUGGGAUACUGCGCAGCUGAAUGGCGACGAGCUAGACGAAUAUUGUGAUCGCUUGGCUGAGAUGCUGAGGGCUCUUGCUCACUCGAGCAACUGGCACAGCCCUUUGAAGAACGUUUCCAGUAAACCCCCGGAAAUCAACUCAAAGUUCUGGUCACAUACCAGCAUCGUAUUCUCAAACUUCCACGCCAGCAUGCCUUCUGGCAACAAGUCUUCAAAGUCGGACAAGACCGCAUCUACUUCGUCGCGCAAGCCACUUCCAAGCUCGAGAAGAUCAACUGCAAACCGAGUUUCUUCAGCUUCGUCCGCGCAGCGCCAGUAUUCGAGCCCUGCCCGGCCAUUACGUGCCAUCGCCCCCAAGCCAAGUCCCCCGUCCGCGCAGCCGCCCACCGACGACUCAGUUGUGGACAAGCCAUCUCAACAGGAAUUUACUCUGAUCUGGCCCGCGGAAGAGGGCCGAGCGUGCCGCCCGCAUCAGAACCAGCCUUGCCGCUCUAGUCCGCCGCCGCAUGCCAUCGCCCCCGAACCAGAUCCCCCAGCCUCGGAGCGUCGGUUGUCUGCCGACCAGUCUAGUGAGAAUGAGAUUGCUCGAGAUGAGUCCACUAUUGUUCGGCCUUCUGAGCGUUUGGCCGAGUGGCAGGGUCCGCAUCCGGGUUCUUCGCAGCCGCGCUUCGCCCACCAGGCUACUGUAAAGCAAGUCUGCAUGGGUGCGCUUGACGAUUCGACUGCAUGGUCUAACCAGUCGCCGGCCACCAUCGCCCCAAGCUUACUGAUGCUUGGCCCGGAGCAGAAGAGCGGCGAGUUCCGAAUAGCUGCCGAAGAAGCUACUCCGUCUCCGUCGCCGUUCGUCUUUUCGCUUCCGCCUCCUCUUCUAUUCCCCUCACAAAUCGCGGUCCCGGUUCCGUUUCCUUCCCCCGCCCCGACCGCUCCGCUUUCGUCCACCAUCAGCCCCCUCGCGCGGACUGUGUCUCAUCUUCGCGUGCAGUCGGCCACCCCCGCCCACCCGUUCUGGAGCCCCUCGGCCGUCGAGCUCGUGCCUUGUGACGAGGAGGGCACCAUCCGGGAGGCCUAUAAGCGCGAGCGCAUCGUCGAGGUGGAGGCGCUACGCGCCGGCGGUGCCGUGAGCCCGCCCUAUUGGACAGUGCGGCACAUACAGGAGGUGUGCGCCGACGUGCACCGCAUGCCGCGCGCCGCGCGCGCCGGCUUCGGUGAUCUACACAAGCAGCUGCGGGAAUUGUACGCGCUGCAUACGCACCUCGCGGGAUUGCACCCACCACCGUGGGCGCGGCCCGAUGACACCGUGACGGUGGUGCGCGGCGGCGUGACGACGGUGCUCUUGCGGGUGCUGCGCGACUUCAUCCUCGGCAUGAGCGAGCACUUGCUCGCGCAGUGGCGGCCGUUUGACCGCGCGCGGCCUGAGUGGAACGUGAACUCGGAGAUGUCGUUCCUCGAAGACUUUAGCUGCCUGCUCAGAUUUCACAACAAAUUUUACGGGCAGCAGGUCAUCCUGAUGCAUGCGCCGCUGGCGCCGGGCUGGGCAGAUCAAGGCGGGCUGCGGUUUUAUCGAAGUAUCCCAUUUCGCGGAUACCAGGAAAGGCGGGAUACCGGGCUGACGAAUGCCGAGAGGGAGAGAGACUCCUUUGCGGACUGUUUCUGGGAUACUUAG